GCUUUCGCAUGUAAGAAGAUAUAUGCUAAUGAUCCUGCGGUUUACUUCUGUUCAUUAUAUCUAGAAUGUUAUUUGUAGUCAAACAACUCAUGUUUUAUUUAUUUUCUAGCCCAAAACACCCAUGUCCAAAACCAGAGGAAGCAGCAAAAAAGCAAAACAUCAGUUCGAAAUGACAUUACUAAUGUAGAUGAGACUUUCACAUAUCAUACUGUUGAAACCUCUGAAAAUACGUCAGAUCAAAUUGGGGUUGAUCACACUGAAUAUGACGAAGAAGAAAUGGCUGAUUGUGAUGUUGAUAUUGAAGGUGAUUACUUAAUUUAAAAUUUAAUAUAUUUAUGUGACAGAAUAUCAUUUUCUAUGUCCUAACUUCAUCUAUUUGCUUUUAACAGGAAUAAUUGAAGAAAUUGAUGCUGAGCUAGAGUUUGAUGUUAGCUCGCAGGAAAGCACAGAUUCUGAGUAUGAUGAUAUCGAGUUAGAUGUCUCUAUUGGCGAAAAAAAAAACAGAGCGCAAAAGAAGUCAGUAGAAAAAUAAAACCUCCUACAAAGAGUUCUAAAUGUAAAUCAACAGGUACACCAUUAAUUUUGUGUUUACGCGAUUUCCAUUAUUAUUAUUAUACCUGCAGUCUUAUUAAAAAGUACUUUGCGUUCUUUUAACAUAUACAGAUUAUAUAGAUGAGGGCGAUCCAUCUUACACAUGUUCCCAUUGUGGUGCUAUUAUGUGGUAUGGAGAACGAAUUAACAGACGCAGAAAUACAUGUACUCCUUCAUUUAGUCUAUGUUGUGGGCAAGGUCAAGUCGUGCUUCCCUUUCUAAAAGAGCCACCAGAAGUACUAAAGGGAUUAAUUUAUGGAGAGGACAAGCGAAGCAAACAUUUUCAGAAAAAUCUAAGACCUUAUAAUAUGGUUUUCUCUUUUACUUCGCUUGGAGGCAAAGUUGAAAGAUCAGUGAAGAAGGGACUUGGUCCAGAUAUGUUUCAGUUGCACGGAGAAAAUUACCAUCUACUGGGAAGUUUAAGACCACCAGAUGGUAAUAGCGCCAAAUUUGGUCAGUUAUACAUAGCUGACACUGAAAAUGAAGUGAAAAACCGAGCCAAUUGUUUGAGCAAUAGUCGCCUGGCUGGACAAGUAAAAAAAAGUGAUACUUUGAGGGAAGAAAUCAUUAAGGCUUUGGUGGACAUGUUAAAUGAAGUGAAUCCCUAUGUCAAGAAUUUCCGAUCUGCGAGAGAAAGAUUUGAUACAAAUCCAGAGGAUGCAUUUCACAUGAGGAUUAUUAGUGAUAGGCUCAGAGAUGGAAGGACAUAUAAUACACCCACAGCAUCUGAAGUUGCUGCAUUAAUUCCAGGAGAUUUUAAUCUUGAUAUGGAUAAAAGGGAUAUAGUGCUUCAGCAACACUCAGGAAAGCUUAAGAGAAUUAAUGAAAUUCAUGCUUCCUAUCUAGCACUUCAGUAUCCUCUAUUGUUUGCAUAUGGAGAAGAUGGUUUCAGACUUGGGAUUAAGAAAGGUGUUACUGAAGCUACCAAAAAACAGAAGAAAGCUACAAUUAGUAUGAGGCAAUUCUUUGCAUACCGUCUUCACGAACGAAAGAAUGAGUCAGGCCAUCUCCUUCAUGCUAGACGUUUAUUUCAGCAGUUUUUGGUUGAUUCCUACACCACUAUAGAGUCUAAUCGUCUGCGCUAUCUUAAGUUGAAUCAGUCUACAUUGCGAUCUGAUAGUUUUGAUUCUAUUAAAGAGUCAGAAAGUGCUGGCAAGACUAAUAUGAAUGAACAAGGGACAGAGUUUGUAUUGCCAGCUUCUUUCACUGGUGGUCCUAGAUACAUGAAGAACAAUUAUUUGGAUGCUAUGACCAUUUGUAAGCAUUUCGGAUUUCCUGAUCUUUUCAUCACUUUUACAUGCAAUCCUAGAUGGCCAGAGCUCACCAGAUUCCUUAAGACUAGAAAGUUGAACCCAGAAGACAGACCGGAAGUGAUUUGUAGGAUGUUCAAAAUGAAACUUGAAUCGUUGAUGGAUGAUUUAACUAAAAAGCACAUUCUUGGGAAGACAGUCUCAUCUAUGUAUACAAUAGAGUUUCAGAAACGUGGUCUCCCUCAUGCACACAUUCUUCUGUUCAUGCAUCCCAGUUACAAGCUUCCGACAACAGACGAUAUAGACAAGAUCAUUUGUGCGGAAAUCCCUAAUAAAACAGAAGAACCUGAUCUUUAUGAUGUUGUUAAAGAUAUGAUGAUGCAUGGACCAUGUGGGGCUGCGAAUAUGAAUUCUCCAUGUAUAGAGAAUGGAUUAUGCUCUAAAGGAUAUCCUAAACCAUAUGCUGAAAGGACAACGGUUAAUAGAGAUGGGUUUCCUAUAUACAGAAGGCGAGAGCAAGUGGAGAAUUAUGUUGAAAAGAGCGGUGUCAAAUGUGAUAAUCAGUGGGUUAUUCCUUACAAUAAAGAACUCUCUCUUCGGUACCGAGCUCACAUUAAUGUAGAAUGGUGCAACCAAGCCGGCUCAAUUAAAUACUUAUUUAAGUAUAUUAAUAAGGGGCAAGAUCGUGUCACUGUGGCUGUAGAACCUCCUGAGCAUGUUGUUACGAACCAGUUGGGAAGUGUCGAUGGAAGUGUCGAGACAAAAAGAAAUGAAUUCAAAGAUUUCUUCGACUGUAGAUAUGUUUCUGCGUGUGAAGCUGGAUGGAGAACUUACAGUUUUUCAAUUCAUUACAGAUCCACUGCAGUAGAAAAGCUUAGUUUUCAUCUGCCUGGAAAACAACAUGUUAUAUUCAGAGGUAAAGAUAAGAUGGAAGUAGUGGUUAGUCGUAAACUCAUUGAGAAUACAAUGUUCUUAGCUUGGUUUGAGUUGUGUAAGAUCGAUUCACUGGCUAGAACAAUCACAUAUGUUCAAAUUCCCAACUUCUUUACUUUCGAUAAGAGUAAGAAGAAAUUCAAAAGAAGGAAAAGGGGAUUUAGCAUUGGGAGGAUUAACUAUGCUCCACGUAAACAGGAAGAUGCUUACUAUCUUCGUGUGUUGUUGAACUACGUCAAAGGUGCUACCAGUUACGAAGACAUAAAAACUUUUGAAGGUGUCCUUCAUGAAAGCUACAAAAAAACAUGUUUUGCACGUGGCGUAUUAGAUGAUGAUCACGAGUAUAUUGAUGAUCUGUUGAGGAGAAGUUAUGAUAGCUCUGCAAGUGAUCUACGGCAUGUGUUUGCUAUGAUGCUUAAUAAUGAUAGUUUAGAGUCACCGGAAAAUGUUUGGGAACAUACGUGGGAGUGUCUAUCAGAUGAUAUUGAGUAUAAUCGGAGAAUAUAUUUCAACCGACCAGGACUUGUGUUAAGUGAUGAGGACAAGAAAAAAUAUGCUCUACAGGAGAUUGAAAAGCUGUUGAGGCGUAAUGGUGAUUCGCUUGAGAGAUUUACUUCAAUGCCAAAGGUCCUAGAAUCAAGUAUUAACGAUUCGAAUGUCCUUAUAUUAGAUGAGCGUAGUUAUCCGCGUGAAUCAUUGUUGGAAACUCUUGACAGAGAUGUUCCAAAGAUGACAGAUGAACAAAGAAAAAUCUUUGAUGAGAUUCUUAGAGCUGUCAGUACAGGAACAGGAGGAACGUUUUUUGUUUAUGGAUUUGGUGGGACUGGUAAAACUUUCCUAUGGAAGUUACUAUCAGCAGCUAUUAGAGUUAAAGGAGAUAUUGUUCUUAAUGUUGCAUCGAGUGGAAUCGCUUCUUUGUUGUUACCUGGUGGUAGAACUGCUCAUUCGAGAUUUGGGAUACCUCUUAAUCCUGAUGAGUUUUCAUCAUGUACUAUUGCUCAUGGAACAGAUCAAGCUAAUUUAGUGAAAGAGGCAUCACUGAUUAUAUGGGAUGAAGCACCCAUGAUGAACAAGCACUGUUUCGAAGCUUUGGAUAGAAGUUUGUCUGAUAUUGUUGGGAAACACAAAAACAAACCUUUUGGUGGAAAAGUUGUUGUUUUUGGAGGUGAUUUUAGACAGGUUCUACCUGUAAUAAAUGGAGCUGGUAGAGCCGAGAUUGUUUUGGCAACAUUAAAUUUUUCUUAUCUAUGGGAGCACUGUAAAGUUCUGAAACUGACAAAGAACAUGCGAUUGUUAUCUGGUUGUUUGACACCUGAAGAGGCAAAGGAUCUUAAGGACUUCUCAGAGUGGAUAUUAAAAGUGGGAGAAGGCAAACUCGCAGAACCUAAUGAUGGUGAAGCUGAGAUUGAUAUUCCUUCAGAAUUUUUGAUUACCAACUUUGAAGAUCCCAUAGAAGCUAUCAGUAAAGCCGUGUAUGGUGAUUAUUUAUCAUUACAAGAAAACAAAGAACCAAAAUUCUUCCAAGAAAGAGCCAUUCUAUGUCCUACCAAUGAAGAUGUCAAUAUGGUCAAUGAUUACAUGUUGGAUAAGCUUGAUGGUGAAGAAAAGAUUUAUAUCAGUGCAGAUAGUAUUGACCCAAUUGAUAAAAGUUCAUUGAAUGAUGAAGCUCUUGGUCCUGAUUUUCUCAACAAAAUAAAGGUUUCUGGUUUGCCAAACCAUAGCCUUAGACUCAAGGUCGGAUGUCCUGUUAUGGUUCUAAGAAACAUAAAUCCUACAGCUGGGUUGAUGAAUGGAACAAGACUACAGAUCACUCAACUUAUGGAUUUUAUGGUUAAAGCUAAGAUCAUUACAGGAGAAAAGGUCGGGGAUACAGUAUAUAUUCCUAGAUUGAUAAUAACACCAUCAGACACCAGAUUGCCAUUUAAAAUGCGCAGAAGGCAAUUGCCUUUGGCUGUGGCUUUCGCAAUAACCAUUAACAAAAGUCAAGGGCAAUCACUAUCUGAAGUUGGUCUAUUUCUACCAAGACCUGUGUUUUCACAUGGACAGCUAUAUGUCGCUGUUUCUAGAGUCACUUCAAAGAAAGGAUUGAAAAUUCUGAUUGUUGACAAAGAUGGUAAACCUAAGAAAAAAACUACUAACGUGGUUUUCAAAGAGGUUUUUAAUAACCUGGGAGAGUAGUAGUGAUAAGGUAUUCUAUAGGUUAACUUCUUAUAAUCCACUUUUAUGUUUUUUCUGUUUUCUAUUGUUGUAGAUAUAAAAAUAUUUUAACCUUUGGAACUAUUUUUUGGUACAUGCAGGUUCAACUAUCGUUGCUGUUAAAGUGUCAACUGUUGAAGUGAAAUAGUGAUGUGGAUUCUCUUUUACAAUCUGUAAAGGUAACCGUAUUUUGUAAUCACAUUUCUUAUUUGUGCAUGACCAGAAAUUGUUUGAUCCGUUAAUACAAUUUCUUUUGCUUUCAUUAUUCAGACCAGCAUGAUGGUUUUUCAAGCUUGGAGUUCAGGAAACAUGGUUCAGAAGAUGGUGGUUUUAGUUUUAAAGUGUUUUUCAUGAAGCUGUUAAAGUAAUACUUAUAGAGUGGAUAUGCUUUAAUUUUAGACAAAUUACGUUUUCUUUUAAUUAGUGUUUUUUUUUAAAAGAUAGAAUUUUGAAUUGAUUUGUUAGCUAUAACACAUUAAUUCACAACAACCUAUAUAUGAAUCAGUAUUCAACCAAUACUAAAGCAUAUAGUACUAUGUAAGGCAGUGGUUCAAUCUUAAUCCUAAAUCCACAUGAUACUACAUUGCUUUCAUCUCAGAUAAGUAA